UCUGCCAUGCCCGGGCCGACAAGAAGUUAGAAUCCAAAAACAAAACGCUCAAAUCUUACACGUUAGCAACUCUUCCUUCACUCUUCUCUCUCUCUACACGUCGCUAACUCAGCUCUCUGAAAGCAAAUAUAUCAACAAUCUAAGUUUCCAUAUUACAUCAUUUUUUUGACUUCAUUUUCUCUUCGCUGUUUCUGGUUUCGGACUUUGUGCAAAAGCUCCACAAUCUUUUCGAUCGACAUUAUCAUCUUCGCGUCCCUCCUACAGAGAAUCUUAACAAGGGAGAAAGAGAAAAGAUGAGCGGGAAUGAGCCAACUCGAGUUAUGAUAGGGGUGAAUCAAUCCAGUAUCAAAGGUUAUCCUCAUGCCUCCAUCAGCUCUCAACGUGCUUUCGAAUGGACUGUCCAAAAGAUCAUUCGAGAUAACAUUUCUGGCUUCAAGCUCCUCUUUGUCCAUGUGCAAGUCCCUGAUGAAGAUGGUUUUGAUGACAUGGACAGCAUAUAUGCAUCACCUGAUGACUUUAAAAAUAUGAACACCAGAGAAAAGAAUAAAGCACUCCAUCUUUUGGAGUACUUUGUCCAUAGAUGUCAUGAAAUUGGGAUUGCUUGUGAGUCUUGGAUUCGCAAGGGUGAUCCACAAGAAACCAUUUGCCAUGAGGUGAAGCGUGUUCAGCCUGACUUUCUUGUUGUGGGGUGCAGGGGACUUGGACCUUUCCAGAGGGUUUUUGUGGGUACUGUGAGUGAGUUCUGUGUCAAGCAUGCUGAAUGCCCCGUCAUCACAAUCAAACGGCGUGCAGAGGAUACUCCUCAAGACCCUGUUGAUGACUAAGUUACUCAAUCAUCAAGACGAUGACUAAGCUACUCAAUCAUCAAGACGAUGACUAAGUUACUCAAUCAUCAAGACGAUGACUAAGUUAAUGACUAGGUUCUAUGAUGUGGCUGCACGAUAAUCAUUUGUAAAUAGACCUGAUUGCGAGGUUUUGUGAACAUUGUGUAAAUUUUCUGGUGGAUCAACUCCUGAAUGAAGUAUUGUUCAAUUAAGUUUUGUUUGGUGUGUA